AUGUCCGACAUAAGAGACGAAAUUGCACAAUCUCGACAAAUUUCAACAACAACAAACCAAAAAUCUAAUGAGAAAAAAAUUGAAAAUACUGGAGUUCCAGAACAAUCAAAUGAUGUACCAUUUAAAGUGAUACACUUGAUGCAAUUUGACAAUGGAAUGUUCAAUCCUUAUCCUAUAAUUCAUGAGAGAAAAGAAUGUUCUGAAAUAGACAACAAAUUGGAUAGAAAUGAAGUUAUAAAAAAGUGGGAACCCUAUUUAUUAGGAGAUAACCUACAUCCCAAUGAACCAAAAAAGUUGAAAGUGAAAUUUAUAAUGUCAAGAUCAAGGCCAGAGAAAAAUCAAUCAAUAAGUGAACAAGAGAAGGAAACUUCAAAAAUAGAUGAUGCAUCAACAAAUCAAGGAAGAAAAAAAACAACUGAAGAGGAAGCAAAAACUGAUCACCUACAACAAGAAAAGGCUGGAUCAGAAUUAGUGAAUACAGGAAAUCAAUCACCUAAGAAAGACACAAGAGAGGUUGAACAACUACAACCAAAAAAGGAUGCAGCAGGGUAUUUUCAGAAAUCAACUAAUAAUCAAUCAACUGAAGAUGAGCCUCCAAAAGAGGCUACAGCAAAGGAUCAGCCUACACAACAAGUGAAGGCUAUAGCAGAGGAUGAGCCUCCAGCAGAGGAAGAGCCUCCAAAAGAGGAUGAGCCUCCAGCAGCAGUUGAAGAAACACAUUCAUACAUAAUGCAAAAGAAAAAAUUAAAAGUGUCAACUCAAGGAAUACUAAAAAAACUGACAAAAAACUGGAAAACUGCUCCUGUUAGCAAGGUCAUUGCUGCUAAAAAGGCCCCUGCUACAACUGUUGAUACUGCUGGAAAAGCCACUACUGCUGAAAUGGCCCCAGCUACAACUACUGAAAAGUCCUCUGCUGCAGAAAAAUCCCAUGCAGCAAGUUCUGCAAAUGCACAACAAAAGGCCCCUGCUGAAAUUAAAAAAAUCCUAUUAGGUAAUGUACAUAAUUGUUAAAUUAAAUAUUAAAUUUUUUUAAUCAAUAACACUUAUACUGAAAAUGUUCAUUUACCAAUUUGUAAAUGAUCUAAAUGUAUAGGUGGUGAAGAAAUUGAGAUUGAGGAUGAAACAGAAGAAGAAUUGCAAAGGGAUGAGGAGUUGACAAGAAUAUUGAGAGGUAUAAAACCUGUUGAAGAGUUAAAUUUGUCUCAAAAGAGUGAAGAAUCUUCACAAAAUUCAAAGCAACCAAGAAGGAAAAUGGUUGCAAGGAAAAAUCAAAAGAAAAAAGAAUUGGAAGAAAAUCAGAAAAAACAGGAAUAUGAACAAUCACCAUCAAGAAGAACAAGAAGUAAAUCACGAGGUAAAUAAAAUGUACAAUUUCUAAUAUAACAAUGAUCAUAUUAAAUAAAAUAUUACAACUAUAUUAAUAUUUAUAUAACAAUGUUUAUUUGCAGAUGUUAAGUUGCCUGGCAUAUCAGCUAUAGCAACAGCUGCUGCAGCAAUUGCUGAAAACCUACCAGCAGCAACAACACCUAAAAAACCUGGGCGUCCAAGGGCUACAACUGCAGUUGCAGAGAAACCUGUUGAGAAAACAGGGCGUACAAGGGCUGCAGUUAUUGGGAAAGCAGGACAAAAAGGUAAAAGAACAUAUCUAAAACAAUAAAUGUUCAAUUACAAUCUUACACUUUUAAAAUGUUUAUUUUACUUAAUGUAAUUGAUCAAAUAAUUAGGUGGUCAGAAAAGACCUGCUGCAUCAGCCAAAAGUCCUGCAAAAAAAAAAGAAAAGUCAUAGAUCAAGUGCCUUAUGAUGAACCAUCAGAGAAUGAAGAACAAGAAGAAGUCCCUGCAACAAGUUAUGCUCCUGCAGAAAAGAAAAUUCUUAAAAAAGUAGAACAAAAAGGUAAUGUACAUAUUAAUAAAGUUAAAUGUUCAAAUACAAACUAGCAAUUUACACUUUCAUAUAUAUAUGUUCAUUUUACAUAUUAUAAUUGAUCAAAUGUUUAGGUGGCCAGAAGAGGCCUUCUGCAUCAGCUAAAGGCCCUUUGAAGAAAACAAAAAUCAUUGAAGAACAAUCAAAGGAGGAAAAUGAAGAAGAUGAUAAAAGUAAUACUGAUAGUGGAUCAGACAGUGAGGAUCCAGCUUUUGAUGCUGAAAAAGAAGAAGAUGAAGAAAGUGAGGAGGUGAAAGUAGUUCAAGAAAAGAAAACAACAUUGAAAAAACCAAAAGCUGAAGAAAAAAGAAUGGUUCUGUAUGAGAGGGAACCAAUAAAAAAGAUUGUGAAGAGGAAAACUGAAUUUUCAGUGGCUAAA